AUGAAUGACUUCAACCCCUUCAACGAUUUCCAGGCUGGCUACUGGACCUCUGCCUUGUGUACGGCUCGGCCUGAGCGCACGCAAAGUCGCCACGAGUCCAGCGAGAGCUUCUCGUCGAUCCAUUCGAGCGGCUCUGUGCCGGGCCUGACGGACACGUCCGACUCGGAGCUGUCGGUUGAUGAGGACUCGCAGUACAACAUAUCAACCAGCCAGCUCUGGGACAGCUUCUGGCAAAGCGUGGAGCGCAAGUCGACCUCCCAAUUGGAGCAACUCCCUCCCAAACCCCCGGUGGUCCAGAGCGAUGACUACUUCACCUUGAGUGUGCUCAACCACUACACCCAGGACGGAGACGAUGACAACAGCAAUGACCACUCCGCCGCCACAAACUACACAGAUGACACAAACACCACUUGCCCCCUGGUGCCUCCGCCCCCGCCACCUCAGUGCCGACCUCAGACCGAGCUGUCGUCCAACCGUGCGCCUCUGCCGCGGUUCGUGUCGGUCUUCGAGCUUGACUCCGACUGCGAGUCUGACACGGAGACUAGCAACGGCCUCGCCAAACGAAUCGCACGGGGCCUUCACAAAAAGACGCCCUCGGGAAGACGAAACGCUCUCCCUGUCCGGCGACCAGCUACAUCUGGCCAAGACAGUGUUGCGUCCAGCGACAAAGAGCUGGAAGAAGUCAAGGAUGCGUUGUCUCGUCGACGAGGCGGAAGCCUGGGGCGCAUCUUUGGGCUCAAAUAUCGCAUGUGA